AUGCCUGUUGAACUACGCAAGCGCAAGGCUCAUCAGUUGCCCGUUGCAGCUCCACUGACCAAAAAGUCAGCAAAGACCAAGGCUGUGCCCGAGAAGGACGAUAAGGAACCUGUCGCCAAGUCUAAGGCUUCUCCUCCCAAGAAGGCUGCUGAGAAGGAGGACGAAGUGGAGGAGAAGGAAGAGAAGAAGGAAGAGAAGAAGGAAGAGAAAAAGGAAGAGAAGAAGGAAGAGAAGAAGGAAGAGAAAAAGGAAGAGAAAAAGGAAGAGAAAAAGGAAGAGAAGAAGGAAGAGAGGAAAGAGGAGGAGGAGGAGGAGGAGGAGGAGAAGAAGCAGGUUGCUGUUGGGGAUACCAUCAGCCUCGACGGCUUCGGCGGGGAGAUUGAGACGAAUGAUGGCGAGAAGACCACCCUCAAGAAGCUGGUCGACGAGAGCAAGGCUGGUGUCGUGCUGUUUACUUACCCCAAGGCUUCUACUCCAGGCUGCACCAAGCAAGUCUGCUUCUUCCGUGACUCGUACGAGUCCCUCACAGCCGGGGGCCUGGCCAUCUACGGCCUGAGCGCCGACUCGACCAAGGCCAACACCGGCUUCCGCACCAAGCAGAAGCUGCAGUACCCUCUCCUGUGCGACCCUGCCUCUACCCUGAUAGAGGCCAUCGGUCUCAAGAAGACGCCCAGGGGAACCCAGCGCGGCGUGUUUGUCGUCGGCAAGGAUGGCAAGGUGCUCGUGGCCGAGGCUGGCAGUCCUGUCGGCACGGUCGACAGGGUCAAGAAGUUGGUUGACGAGGGAAAGUAG